AUGGCAGACGACGAAAUCGACUACGAAAGUCUCGGGGGUCAGCAGUCGAUGAUGGUUAACGCUGCUGCUGGCGCCACUGCUGGUUAUUUUGAACACAUAGCCGUCUAUCCGAUUGAUGUGAUCAAGACGCGGAUGCAGUCACUGAGACAGGGAUGUGCUCCAGCGACGCAGAACCCCUUCACAGCUAUGACAAGUCUGGUAAAGUCGGAAGGCGCGAGACCACUCGCCCGGGGCAGCGGAGCCAUUGCCUUUGGCUGCGGCCCCGCUCAUGCAAUUCAGUUCCUUUGUUACGACUAG